CGCGUGCAUGUGCGCUAAUCAACACACAAGAAGCUUGCUCGAGUUAAGAUGGCGGCAUGUGGGUGAGGAGGCUGGGAUCUAAACUCGAGGCUUCUCGCCAUUAAACAAAAACGAUUCCUAUGAAUCCACAAACUUACAGUCAUCGAAACGACAUCAAUUCCCACAUCGUUCACACAGGCCGGGUGUGAUUCGGGAGCGUCCUCAUGACAUCUAUACACUUCGUGGUUCACCCGUUGCCCGGGACCGAAGAUCAGCUCAAUGACAGGCUACGUGAAGUGUCGGAGAAACUAAACAAAUAUAGUUUCAAUAGUCAUCCACAUCUUAGCUUGUUGGAGCAGGCCACCCUGAAACAGUGUGUUGUUGGGCCUAACCAUGCUGGAUUUCUUCUUGAGGACGGACGUGUGUGUCGAAUCAGCUUUGCUGUCCAGCCUGAUCGCCUGGAGCUUAGCAAACCGGAUAGCAGUGAUGGUUCAAAGUUGAGCACUGGUUCGGGAACAGGAAGGAGCUCCAGGCCAGGCAGGACCAGUGAUCCACCCUGGUUCCUCUCUGGUUCUGACACACUUGGCAGACUAGCAGGCAACACCCUUGGGAGUCGAUGGAGCUCUGGUGUAAAUGGAGGCAGCGGUGGUGGUGGUGGUGGAGGUGGAGGAGGAGCUGGAGGGGGUGGAGCAGCCGGGGGAACUAGUGGAGGUGGAGGCGGCGGAGGAGGUGGAAGCGGAAGCACUUCGGGCAGGUCAUCAACAGCAGCACGUGACUCUCGUCGGCAGACCAGGGUGAUCCGUACAGGACGAGAUCGGGGAUCAGGUCUUCUAGGUAGUCAGCCACAACCAGUUAUACCAGCCUCAGUCAUACCCGAAGACCUGAUAUCCCAGGCCCAAGUAGUACUUCAAGGGAAGUCCAGGAGUGUGAUCAUUCGGGAACUCCAGAGAACCAACCUGGACGUCAACCUGGCUGUCAACAACCUGCUGAGCAGAGAUGAUGAAGACGGAGAUGAUGGAGAUGACACAGCCAGCGAGUCCUACCUCCCUGGAGCAGAGGACCUGAUGUCCUUGUUGGAUGCAGACAUUCAUUCAGCCCACCCCAGCGUGAUUAUUGAUGCAGAUGCGAUGUUCUCGGAGGACAUAAGCUACUUUGGAUACCCCUCUUUCCGACGCUCCUCACUGUCUCGCCUAGGAUCGUCCAGAGUUCUCCUUCUUCCCUUAGAGCGUGACUCGGAGCUGUUGCGUGAGCGUGAGUCUGUAUUGAGACUACGUGAGCGCCGCUGGCUGGACGGGGCCUCGUUCGAUACAGAACGAGGAUCCACCAGCCGGGAUGGAGAAACCAGCUUGGACAAGAAGAACAUCCCAGUUCAGAGCCCUGUCUCCCUUGGAGAGGAGCUUCAGUGGUGGCCGGACAAGGAUGGUGUAAAGUUUGUCAGCAUUGGGGCUAUGUUCUCUGAGUUGGUGGCUGUCAGCUCCAAAGGAGAACUUUAUCAAUGGAAAUGGACUGAAGCUGAACCCUACAGGAAUGCCCAGAAUCCUUCCAUUCAUCAUCCACGUGUGUCUUUCCUCGGUCUGGCUAAUGAGAGGAUCACCUUAUUGUCUGCCAAUAGUAUCAGAGCCACAGUGGCAACAGAGACCAACAAGGUGGCAACUUGGGUUGACGACACACUAAGCACAGUCGCCUCUAAGCUUGAGCACACUGCCCAAGCUUUCCCUGAACUGCAGGGGGAACGCAUGGUGUCCCUCUACUGCUGUGCGCUCUACACUUGCGCACAGUUGGAGAACAGCCUCUACUGGUGGGGUGUGGUGCCUUUUAGUCAGCGGAAGAAAAUGCUUGAAAAGGCCAGAGCCAAGAAUAAAAAGCCAAAGUCCAGUGCUGGCAUUUCCUUGAUACCCAACAUCACAGUGGGAACCCAAGUAUGCUUGAGGAAUAACCCACUCUACCAUGCUGGGGCAGUGGCCUUUUCAGUCAGCGCUGGGAUUCCAAAAGUGGGCGUCUUGUUGGAGUCUGUGUGGAACAUGAAUGACAGCUGCAGGUUUCAGCUGCGCUCGCCAGAAAGCCUAAAGAACAUGGAGAAGACCACUAAAACCCAAGAAACCAAGACUGAAAGCAAACCUGAGCUGGUAAAGACUGAAAUGGGUCCUCCACCUUCCCCAGCUUCUACAUGCAGUGAUACUUCCUCCAUUGCUAGCAGCGCCUCACUGCCAUACAAGCGAAGACGCUCCACCCCGGCCCCAAAGGAAGAGGAGAAAGUGAACGAAGAACAAUGGCUUCUUAGAGAGGUGGUGUUUGUGGAGGAUGUUAAGAAUGUCCCUGUGGGAAAGGUGCUGAAAGUGGAUGGUGCAUAUGUUGCUGUAAAGUUUCCAGGAACAUCGAGCAGCAUGAGCAACCAGACGACCACUGCCCCCGCUGACUCAGACCCCUCUUCACUGCUGCAGGACUGUAGGCUUCUUAGGAUAGAUGAACUUCAGGUGGUCAAAACUGGUGGUACUCCAAAGGUUCCUGACUGUUUUCAGCGCACACCCAAAAAGCUCUGUAUCCCAGAAAAGGCAGAGAUCUUAGCUGUUAAUGUUGACUCCAAAGGAGUUCAUGCAGUGCUGAAAACUGGUAACUGGGUUAGGUACUGUAUCUUUGAUCUGGCCACCGGCAAAGCUGAGCAGGAAAAUAACUUCCCUACUAGCAACAUGGCCUUCCUGGGUCAGAGUGAGCGCAAUGUGGCCAUCUUUACUGCAGGACAGGAAUCUCCAAUCAUUCUUCGAGAUGGAAAUGGCACUAUCUACCCAAUGGCAAAAGACUGCAUGGGUGGAAUUAGAGAUCCUGAUUGGCUGGAUCUGCCACCAAUAAAUAGCCUAGGAAUGGGGGUGCAUUCUCUUGCCAAUAUUCCCUCUCUAAACUCUACCAUUAAAAAGAAAGCUGCUAUUAUAAUUAUGGCUGUUGAGAAGCAGAUGCUGAUGCAGCAUGUUUUGCGUUGUGACUACGAAGCGUGUCGGCAGUAUUUGGUGAAUCUUGAACAAGCUUUCCUGUUUGAUCAGGGCACCCAUGCCCUCGGCGCACUUCUAGGCCACCGCUGUGACGGAAACCGCAACAUUCUGCAUGCUGCUGUCUCCGUUUGCUUCCCUGUUAGUAACAAAGAAACCAAAGAGGAGGAAGAGGCUGAAAGGUCAGAGCGGAACACGUUUGCUGAGCGCUUGUCUGCUGUGGAGGCCAUUGCAAAUGCCAUCUCUGUGGUCUCCAGCAACAGCUCUGGAAACAGGACUGGCUCCUCUAGUAGCAGAGGACUUCGGCUGAGAGAAAUGAUGCGGCGCUCUCUAAGAGCCGCCGGCCUUGGCCGCCAUGAGUCGGGCCCAUCCUCAAGCGACCACCAGGACCCUGUGUCACCUCCAAUUGCCCCACCAAGUUGGGUUCCUGACCCCCCUCCCAUGGACCCUGAUGGUGAUAUUGACUUCAUUCUAGCACCACCUGUGGCUUCACUAACAACAGCCUCCACUGGGACCAGCCAGGGACCUAGCACCUCUACCAUACCAGGACCAUCCAUGGAACCAUCUGUGGUCGAAUCCAAAGACAGGAAGGCCAAUGCCCACCUUAUUCUGAAGCUGAUGUGUGACAGUGUUGUUCUGAGGCCACAUCUACGUGAACUGCUGUCUGCUAAGGAUGCCCGAGGAAUGACCCCCUUUAUGCUGGCAGUCAGUGGGAGAGCCUAUCCUGCAGCCAUCACUGUGCUGGAGGCAGCACAGAAAAUGGCUAAAGUGGGUGAUCCAGGCAUUGCAGAGAAGGAGGAUUCAGACUCUGUUUUCAUGGAAAUGAUUUGUCCCCUGGGGACCAACCCUGACGAUUCACCCCUAUAUGUCCUCUGCUGCAAUGACACAUGCAGUUUUACUUGGACUGGAGCUGAACACAUUAAUCAGGACAUCUUCGAGUGUCGGACAUGUGGAUUACUUGAGUCCCUUUGCUGCUGCACUGAGUGUGCUAGGGUGUGUCACAAAGGACACGACUGCAAACUCAAGAGGACCUCUCCAACAGCGUACUGUGACUGCUGGGAGAAAUGCAAGUGUAAAACACUGAUUGCUGGCCAAAAGGCUGCUCGCCUAGAUUUGCUAUACAGGUUGCUUACUACCACUAACCUGGUUACAGCACCAAAUAGCAGGGGUGAGCAUAUCCUACUGUUCCUAGUACAGACUGUUGCCAGGCAGAGUGUUGAACACUGUCAGUACAGACCACCACGAAUCAGAGAGGACAGGAAUCGCAAGGCUGCAAGUGCAGAAGACUCUGAUAUGCCAGAUCAUGACUUGGAGCCACCUCGCUUUGCUCAGCUGGCUCUGGAGAGAGUUCUGCAGGACUGGAAUGCCCUGAAGUCUAUGAUCAUGUUUGGUUCACAAGAGAAUAAAGACCCUCUGAGUGCAAGCAGUAGAAUUGCCCACCUCCUCCCGGAAGAGCAAGUUUAUUUAAAUCAGCAGAGUGGCACCAUUCGCCUUGACUGUUUCACCCACUGUCUUAUUGUCAAGUGCGCACCUGACAUCACUUUCAUAGACACUUUACUGGGUACACUGGUAAAGGAGCUGCAGGUCAAGUACACACCUGGUCGAAGAGAGGAGGCAGUCACCGUCACUAGGCGGUUUCUUCGCUCUGUAUCCAGAGUAUUUGUGAUACUCAGUGUGGAGAUGGCCUCAUCCAAGAAGAAAAACAACUUCAUCCCUCAGCCCAUUGGAAAAUGCCGGCGUGUUUUCCAAGCUCUUCUUCCCUAUGCUGUGGAGGAGCUCUGUAAUGUGGCAGAGUCACUGAUCGUUCCAGUUCGGAUGGGCAUCGCAAGACCAACGGCCCCGUUUACUUUGGCUAGUACAAGUAUUGAUGCUGUUCAGGGCAGCGAGGAGCUCUUCUCUGUUGAACCACUUCCUCCAAGACCUUCACCCGAUCAGUCCAGCAAUUCCAGUCAGACGACCGCUUCUUAUAUCAUCAGGAACCCCCAACCUCGGCACAGUGGCCAGUCCCAGCCUGUCAGAGGAAGAGAUGAAGAACAGGAUGACAUCGUAUCAGCAGAUGUGGAAGAGGUUGAAGUGGUGGAGGGAGUAGCGGGUGAGGAAGACCACCAUGAUGAUCAAGAAGAGCAGGGAGAGGAAAAUGCUGAGGCAGAAGGACAGCAUGAUGAGCAUGAUGAAGAUGGGAGUGACAUGGAACUUGAUCUUCUCGCAGCUGCAGAAACGGAGAGCGAUAGUGAAAGCAACCACAGCAAUCAAGAUAAUGCUAGUGGCCGCAGGAGCGUUGUUACAGCAGCCACAGCUGGCUCUGAAGCAGGUGCAAGCAGUGUCCCUGCCUUCUUUUCAGAGGAUGACUCCCAGUCCAAUGACUCCAGUGACUCUGACAGCAGCAGUAGUCAAAGCGAUGAUGUCGACCCUGAAACAUUUCUGUUCGAUGAACCGCUGGAAAGGACAACUAAUGCGUCCCAUGCCAAUAGUGCAGCUCAGGCUCCUCGAUCCAUGCAAUGGGCAGUUAGAAACACUCCCAACCAAAGGGCUGCUGGAAGUGCUCCUCCCAGUUCAUCAGCAUCAGCUGCGAGCUCAACUGGCCUCAUAUAUAUUGAUCCAACAAACUUGCGUCGCUCAAGUGCAAUCACCUCUAGCGCUGCUGCAGCUGCUGCUGCUCUGGAGGCCAGCAACUCCAGCAGCUAUCUGACAUCUGCCAGCAGCCUAGCUCGGGCCUACAGUAUUGUCAUCAGACAGAUCUCAGACCUUAUGAGUUUGAUUCCAAAGUACAAUCACCUUGUCUACUCACAGUAUCCUGCCUCUGUGAAGCUUACCUAUCAGGAUGCGGUCAACCUGCAGAACUAUGUUGAGGAAAAGUUAAUACCCACCUGGAACUGGAUGGUGUCCAUCAUGGAUUCAACAGAGGCUCAGUUGAGAUAUGGGUCUGCAUUGUCAUCUGCUGGAGACCCUGGUCACCCUAGUCACCCCCUUCACGCCUCUCAACAUUCAGCACGCAGGGAACGCAUGACUGCUCGGGAGGAGGCCAACCUCCGCACCCUAGAAGGCCGGAGAAGAGCAGCCACUCUGCUGACAGCCCGCCAAGGCAUGAUGUCUGCACGAGGCGACUUCCUAAACUAUGCCUUAUCACUCAUGCGCUCCCACAAUGAUGAGCACUCAGAUGUGCUUCCAGUGCUGGAUGUUUGCUCGCUGAAACAUGUAGCCUAUGUUUUCCAGGCCCUAAUCUACUGGAUUAAGGCCAUGAACCAGCAGACCACUCUGGAGACCCCACAGAUGGAUAGAAAGAGGAAUCGAGAGAUUUUGGAAUUGGGUUUGGACAAUGAGGAUUCAGAACAUGAAAAUGAUGAGGACACCAAUCAAAGUUCGACUCUACAAGACAAAGACGAAGAUGCUGCUCCUGCUGAAACGGGUCAAAAUCACCCUUUCUUCCGUCGCUCGGACUCCAUGACUUUCUUGGGCUGCAUUCCACCCAACCCCUUUGAUGUUCCCUUGGCUGAGGCCAUACCACUAGCAGACCAGCCCCACCUCCUGCAGCCUAAUGCGAGGAAGGAGGAUCUGUUUGGGCGACCCUCUCAGGGUUUGUACUCAUCUUCUUACCUGGCAACUAAAGGCCUGGCUGAGGCAAGCGCAGACAGGAACUGCCUGGAGGUAAACUUGGGCUCCUCUCUACCCUCCCCCUCACAGGUCCUUCCCACUAAGAUGUCUUACUCGGCCAACCUGAAGAAUGUAAUGAGUAUGGAGACUUCUCAGCAAAGCUCUGAGGACCAACCACUAGCAAACCAGGAAAUAGAAGCCUCAAAAGCUGGUCCUUCACCCCAUGACCUUGCUGCUCAGCUGAAGAGCAGCCUGCUAGCUGAGAUUGGCCUCACUGAAAGUGAUGGACCUCCUCUCCCGUCAUUCAGACCUCACUGUAGUUUCAUGGGGAUGAUGAUCUCACAUGACAUGCUGCUUGGACGCUGGCGUCUUUCAUUGGAACUUUUUGGUCGUGUCUUCAUGGAGGAUGUUGGAGCUGAGCCAGGAUCGAUCCUCACUGAGCUUGGUGGUUUUGAGGUGAAAGAAUCAAAGUUCCGUCGAGAAAUGGAGAAGUUAAGAAAUCUGCAAUCCCGAGACUUGGCCUUGGAAGUUGAUCGGGAUAGAGACCAACUAAUACAACAGACUAUGCGUCAGCUCAACACUCACUUUGGCAGACGCUGCACUACCACCCCGAUGGCUGUACACAGAGUAAAAGUCACCUUUAAAGAUGAGCCUGGCGAGGGCAGUGGUGUGGCCCGCAGCUUCUACACAGCCAUUGCGCUGGCACUCCUUUCUAAUGACAAGCUUCCCAAUUUGGACUGCGUCCAGAGUGUCAGCAAGGGCAUGCAGGCCAGCAGUACGUGUCAUCACGAUUACAAUUCAAACCUAAUGCAGCGUUUGAGAAACAGAGACCGGGAAAGGGAAAGGAGAAGUGGAGGUCUAAGGGCUGGAUCCAGGAGGGAUCGAGACAGAGACUCUCGGAGACAACUGUCCAUAGACACAAGGCCGUUCAGGCCAUCAUCUGAGGGCAACCCCAGUGAUGAGCCAGACCCUCUGCCUGCCCACAGACAAGCCUUGGGAGAAAGACUCUAUCCGCGUGUUCAUGCAAUGCAACCGGCCUUUGCUAGUAAAAUUACAGGCAUGUUGCUGGAGCUGUCCCCUGCGCAACUAUUGCUGCUGUUGGCCAGUGAGGAUUCUCUCAGAGCCAGAGUAGAAGAGGCUAUGGAGCUGCUCAUUGCACAUGGAAGGGAAAAUGGUGCUGACAGUAUACUGGAUCUGGGUCUUCUGGAAGCUCCAGAGAAAGCACAACAACUGGAGAACCGGAAGCGCCAUGGUUCAACCCGCAGUGUGGUGGACAUGGAGCUCGAUGACCCAGACGAUGGGGAUGACAACGCACCCCUCUUCUAUCAGCCUGGCAAGCGGGGCUUCUAUUCCCCUCGGCCCGGAAAGAACACAGAAGCCAGAUUAAACUGCUUCCGCAACAUCGGCAGGAUAUUAGGGUUGUGUCUUCUUCAGAAUGAGCUCUGUCCAAUAACGUUAAAUAGACACGUUAUCAAGGUCUUGCUCGGAAGGAAGGUGAACUGGCACGACUUUGCAUUUUUCGACCCUGUCAUGUACGAAAGUCUGCGGCAGCUUAUUCGCCAUUCACUGGCCGGUGAAGCAGACGCAGUAUUCGCUGCUAUGGACUUGGCCUUUGCUAUUGACCUCUGCAAAGAGGAAGGGGCUGGACAGGUGGAGCUUCUUUCUGGUGGGGUCAACAUGCCAGUAACUCCCCUCAAUGUGUACGAGUAUGUUCGAAAGUAUGCAGAGCACAGAAUGUUGGUGGUGCCUGAGCAACCUCUCCACGCAAUGAGGAAGGGUCUGCUGGAUGUUCUUCCUAAGAAUGCCCUUGAAGACCUGACUGCUGAGGACUUCAGGUUGCUGGUCAAUGGUUGCGGCGAGGUCAACGUGCAGAUGCUCAUUAGCUUCACCUCCUUCAAUGAUGAGUCUGGGGAAAAUGCUGACAAACUACUGCAGUUUAAGCGCUGGUUCUGGUCUAUCGUUGAAAAGAUGAGCAUGACUGAGCGGCAAGAUCUGGUAUACUUCUGGACGUCCAGCCCUUCCCUGCCAGCCAGCGAAGAGGGCUUUCAGCCUAUGCCCUCCAUUACUAUCCGGCCUCCAGACGACCAGCACCUCCCUACAGCAAAUACAUGCAUCUCGCGCCUCUACGUGCCACUGUAUUCUUCAAAACAGAUACUUAAACAGAAACUCCUGUUAGCCAUUAAGACCAAGAACUUUGGUUUUGUGUAGAGGCUCAACAGAAAAGAGUUUUAAAAAAUGAAAAAAGAAAAAAAAGUAAAACAUGUUUACUGUUGUGUAAUAUUUACUUAGCUCCAUUUUGUAGAUUUAUUUUUUGUCUAUACAAUUUUAUUAAAUUUGACAUACUGUCGCUAUCUCCCCAACGAUGUGUUGUGAACACAAACUUGUUAUUUUUAUUUCAAUUUUUAUUGUUUAUUUUUCUUUUUGUGUUCAUGAAAAAUAUGUAUACAGUCCAGAACAUUCCUGCAUUGGCACUGUAAAAUGUAAAGCCCACAGCUCUGCUCUAUUGACUUAAACAUUUGCUUCCCAUAAAUUUGGUUUGACAGAAAGCUGUCUGCCGAAACCCAGCCAAAGAUGACGGCAGUAGAGGUAUUUAAAAGAAGACGCACUGUGAUUAUAAUUUUCCUUCCCCAGAAAAGUACUAUCACUGACAGUUCACUGCUGCCUUUCUGGGAAAUCUUUUUUUUUCUUGUACAGGGGGAGUAGGGAAUUUCAAAAUAAACUUGGAUGCAAAAUUGA